GUUAGUGUAUAUAGUUGUCUGCUUGGUGGGCUCGGCUGUUUGCAAAACCACCAAAAGAACAAUUUGAUUAAAAGAAAACAAAAUGGGAGCAUCAAUAUUGGCAGUGAUCUUUUUUACUUUAUUCUGGGGUGUAAUAGGAUUGGUGUUACCUAUUUAUGUUCCAAAAGGAGUUAAUCGUGGAAUUCUUCAGCUUAUACUUAUCUUGACAGCUUUCACAUGCUGGUUAUUCUGGUUAUGUUGUUACAUGGCCCAGAUGAAUCCACUUAUAGGACCGAAACUAUCUCAGAAUACGAUUCUUAUGAUGGCUCGUGAAUGGAGCAACAGAGACCUUGAAACGGAAUCUCAAUAAACAUGUAUAAAGGAUUAGCAAAUAUGUGGAAAUGUUUAGCGUGAACAUAAUGUUAUUGUCAAUGAACCUCGAUUAUAGAUAAAAUCGUAUUGUUGGAAUGUAAAUCGGAUAUUUAGGUCAUAGUGUGUGUUGAAAACAACAUAAAACUUUAUUCAAAUAU